GGAUUACAAGUGUGUCCAAAACCACACACCAUACAUGGGUGGUGGAGACCCCAACUUAGGUCCUCAUACCUGUACAGCAAGUACUUUACCAACUUAGCCCCUACCUCCAGCUUUCUUUAAAACAUGUAGUGUGUGUAUAGUGUGUAUGUAUGUUGGGGGGGGGGGUUGCCAUGGCACAAACUUGGAGGCCAGAGUACAACUUUGUGGAGAGGACACUCUCCUUCCACUUUCAGUUUCUGAGGAUUGAACUUGGGUGGUCAGACUUUCAGUCUUCUGGCUUGACCUAGUCCCAAGUUCCUAACUCUAAAUCAGCCCUAUAAAGCAAGCACCACCUUCUGUGUCCCAAGCUCUCCACUGUGAAGACUGUUCAAUGAAUCAUGAGAACUUCUACCACAAUGGGAGCACCUUUAUAUCUUUACCUAAAGGAUGACAUGUAAAACCCCCAAAAUGUAACAUAUCAAAUAAAGGCACAUCUGAAGUGAUUUAUAGACAGAAGCUCACUGUGGAGCCCAGGUGCUCCUGUAUCUGCCUCCCGGAUUACUGGCAUUAUAGCUGUGCAGUAAUGCUUCAUUAUAACCCAGGACUUGUACAAAAUGUAGAGACAAGGCUAUGCUGCAGAUGUGAUAGCUUCUGAACCUCACCUAGAUACAACUAUUAUAGGUAACGAACUAUGCCACACACCAUGGGGCUGGUGGUUUAUUUACUAUGGUUUUGGCAAUGGAACACAGGACAUCACACACUCUAGGCAAGUGUCUUACCUCCAACUCCAUAUGAGAUCUUAAAAUCAAGUUUAAAACUCAUGUCUAAUCUCUACCUCCAACUUGGCUGCCUAAAUCCACCUUACUCCUAAAUUCAGAUGGGGAAGAGGCAAUUGCUAAUCGUGAUUUUUGGUUUCAUAGACAGGUUUCAUGGUCAACAGUUUUCAUAAUGGUUGCUUGGCUCUACCAAGAAGCUUGCUACGAUGGCCUCAAACUUUGCAUUUUAAACUUUGUAUUAAUAGCUACGUAUGGCAACAUGUGUUUUUUAUAAUUUGCAAAAUUAUUUUUGUAUGUUUAUGGGUAAAAAAAUAUAUCAGUGUAUGGGCACAAUCCCCCUCCCAGGGCACAAGCAAACACUCUUGCCCAGAUACACACACUGAACAGUAGUUGUAAGUAACCAUUUACUUCUUUGUCAUAUUGAAGACAUUUUUAUUGCGGGCAACUUGUUUUCUGUCAAACCAUCUUGGCCAAAUUAUCUCCUGGGUGCAGGAAGCCAGGGAAGCAGCAGAUCAGGAUGUUAAACUGGUGCAGGGAGGUGAUAAAAGGUUCAAAAUAGCAAGAGCUGAGGAGCAGAGUUCAGAGAGGACCUUGAGCUCACCUUACCGUUACUGAGUUACUCUUCAGAAAACUUUAGAGAUACAGAGGAAGGCUUCAGGAAGCAGCAGGACCACAGCUGACUGACAUGAGGAAGAUGCUUGGAGCACUGUUGCUAAGCUAAGCAGGUCCUCUGGCUCAGCACUUCUGGCCUUUGCUUAGCACGCACUUGUUCAGCUCUAUCAAGUACGAGCUCUGCCCCUUGCCAUCCCUCCCUCUUACAUACUCUACAAGAACAAACUACAACAGUGUUGGUAAAAUUCUUGUAGACGUUUCUAAGGAUUACCAAUCAGGAUUGUUUAUUUGGCCUGGCAUUUAUAAACUUCAUUUUCCAUAUUUUGCAUUAAUUAGAAAUUGUGUGGGGUAUGUUCUUGGCUGAAUAAGCACUGCUUAAAAGAAUCCCUUCUUCUGUUGUGAGUAAACUGGAGAUAAUAGCAACUUCCUGUUUUCUGUAUCACAAGAACUGAGGGAAUGUAAGCAGUCCUACAUUUCCAGAGGAAACAUGCUGCGAUAUUUUUCCUUUCCAAAUAACUAUAUUAUCAGUAGUCUUCAAUUUUGUACUUCUGCUGCUGCCACUAACUUAGGGAGACGUAACUCUUACCUUGAAGUUUUCUCACUUCAACAACAGUAGGGAUUACCUGAUGCAGAUGUCAAAUCAUCACUCAUUUACCAAACUUUAAAAAAGAUGUGAAUUCUGGGAAACUUGCUAUAAAGCUAAAGGUUAUAGAAAGCAUAACUCUUGAUAAAAGAAGAACAAAGUUGGUGAUUGGAUAUUUUGUUUCUUCUGAUCAUGCCAUUCAUUAGAUGAAUACACUCAGAAAAUAAUUUUUUAAAAAAUUUAUGUUUAUUUUAUGUGCAUUAGUGUUUACUGGCAUGUUCAUAUGUGAGUGUCAGAUCCCUGGAACUGGAGUUACAGACAGCUGUAAGCUGCCAUCUGGGUGAUAGGAAUUGAACCUGAGUCCUCUGGAAGAAUAGCUAGUUUUCUUAGCCACUGAGCCAUCUCUCCAGUCCUGAAAAUAAUCUUUUAUCGACUCUGGAGUCCAUUUUAUUUUCUAUUUGAGACAUGGUCUUGCUGUGUAACUCAAUCCAUCUGGCAGUAUCUUUUUUUUUUUUUUCUUUUCUUCGGGACUGGGGAUUGAACCCAGGACCUUGCGCUUCCUAGGCAAGUGCUCUACCACUGAGCCAAAUCCCCAACCCCAAUCUGGCAAUAUCUUAUGUGUCCUCCUGUCUCAGCUUCCCCUGUGAGGGGGAUCAGAGAAGUGUGCCAUGACGCACAGCUUUUCCAUUUCCAUCCAUGUUAAAUGUCUGUGGGAGUAUGCUACCAUUUUCCUGUUCUCUUUCCUCCCUUUAUCCUUCCUUUAUUUUUUGAGACAAGGUUUUACUAUGUAGCCCAAGCUAGCCUAAGAUUCUGAGAGCCAUCUGCCUGUCUUCCAAAUGGUGGGAUUAAAGAUGUGAACUACCAUGCUAGGAAAGUUCAAAAUAAAUUAAACUGAAAAAUAUGAAGUUUAUUUUGAUUUAUUUAACAACCUAAGAAAUUCACAGUAUGAACAGUUCCGGUGCAGUUGGGAUUCUGUAAUCUCGGUGCCUUUAACGUAGCAGACUUUGGAAGUAAAAUGCAUGUCUGAAGGAAUUUUUCUAAAAUUGACCUCACUGGUUUCAUUCUCAGCAAGGCCUUUAUUGUUCCCGCCGUAAGAUUAUGUUCUCUUUCUAAAACAUAAAUGCACGACCACCAGACAGUAUUAACUUGUCAGACAUGAUGUUAGGCUCCUCACAGCUACCACGGAUUUUGUCCUCUCCAUCCCUCAUGUUCUUAUAAGAUUGCACUUUGACCCCACAGGAAUUUAGCAGUUUCCUGGUGAGAUGGAGACGCAGCCUGCUAUCCACCUGUGACUGGAGGAAGUACGUGUACGUAGUUUUCUCUAAAUUUUUAAAUCUAUGUUCCUUAGUUGAUUUCCUGAAUGUGUCAUGAUUUAAGUUAGAAUAAGGACUUUAAUUGGUGCUAUCCCGUUGUUUUCUCCAAAUCACCUGCCCUAUUGUUUUGUUUUGUUGGUUUGUUGUCUCAAGUACUGGAUAUCACAUAAACAUCCUUGUGACAUCGAGCUACAUGCUCAGCCUUCUAUAGCUCUUUGGGUCUUUCCUGCUUGUGCAGCUUGUAAAAAUAACAGUGAUGGUAAUUUAUGGUCCAGCAUGGUUCAGUAGAAACUUGCUGCCAAGCUUGACAACCUGAGUUCAAUCCUUGGGUUUUACACGGUGGAAAGAGAGGACUGAUUACCUACAAUAGUUUCUUCACACUCACUAAAUAAGUGUAAAAGUAUUAAUUCAUAAAACUUAUGGGGUCUUUCAAAGAAUUACUAAUCACUUUUGCAAAUACUAUCUCACUGAUUAUCACAACAGCUCAAGCGUCUCAGUAUUAUCUUUAACUUACUUAAAGAAGGAGCUCAGUUAAGGAGUUCAGUUAAUUAACUGCCCAGAGAGCAAUUAUGGGACUAGGUCUUCUGAUUCCAGCCUGGAUUUGACUCACAUUAAGUCCUUCUCUGCCCCAAUCCAGGUUAUGUAGGGUCUAAGACUUCAAAAUGUUGCUAGCUCUCUCUGAAAACAAAAUUAUACCAUAACCUAUAACAAGAUUAUAAUCCUGCCCGGUGCCUUGGAAGUAGGUGCUAAUGGAUACCCUUUAGGGUUUUAGAUUAAGUUUUAUGGAAAAAAAUCUUUAGCCUCUCUUCUUUCCCACUCUCGUUUCUUCUAGACAGGGUUUUUCUGUAUAUCGUUGGCUGUCCUGGAAUUUGUUCUGUAAACCAGGCUGGCCUUAACUCACAGAGAUCCAACUGCUUAAAAGUGUGCACCACCACCACCACCACUACCACCCAGUCCAUUCAUCUCUUAACCCUUCCUGUACAUUAUUACUCUAAUCUCCUUCCACAGCCCUAAAAAGCCAGAUUUUCCAAAAGAUUUUUUUUCUUUUUUCUUUUUUUUUCUCGGAGCUAGGGACCGAACCCAGGGCCUUGCGCUUGCUAGGCAAGUGCUCUACCACUGAGCUAAAUCCCCAACCCCCAAAAGAUUAUUCUUAAAUGAAUAAAACUUGAGUGAGAUAAGAACAAAACAGGCUGGAGCUACACAUUAGUAGCAGAGCCCUGACCAAAGCACUGGGGUGGAGGAUGAGGUCUGAAGUAAAUCUUAGUUGUAUAACUGUAUUGUCACAGCAACCCUAGAAGGUAGGCUAUGGGCUAGGUAUGACCAUUCUUGAACAGAGCGGAGAAUGAGGCUUGACUUGCCUACUAUAUACCGCCUAUGCGCUGUAUAAGUUAAGUUGUCAAGUACCAAAGAUAAAACUCCAGGUAAUCGGGUUCAUACCUGCAAUUUCAGUGUGGGAGGGUAGAGAGAAUCACAAGUUUAUGAACAUCCUCGGAUACAGGGGUAAGGUUUGAGAUCAGCCCUGGAUGAAUGAGACACUACAUCCUCAAGGAAAAAAACAAAAACAAAACCCAACCAACCAAAACCAUCCAGAAACUUCCCAUCUCUCUAGCUCACCUUUUCAAACCGUCUCCCUGAAUGCUGUUACCACCAGAACACUCCAAGUAUCGCCUGCCCCCUUUCUGUGGUGCUGAAGAUCUAAAUAGGGGCCAGACUCCUGCAAGCUAAAUGUUCCAUCACUGAGUCUUAUCCUAACAUUCCUAAACCACAACUGUUUUAAGUUCCAACCACCCAAUAAUCUGAAGAGAUUUUUUUCCUUCUAUGUAUUUAUCAGCUAUAAAAGGCAAAUUAUUGGGCUGGAGAAAUAGAUGCUCAGUGGUUAAAAGCACUGACUGCUCUUCCAGAAGUCCUGAGUUGAAAUCCUAGUAACAAUGUGUUGGCUCACAAAAAUCUGUAAUGAGGUCAGAUGCCCUCUUCUGGUGUGUCUGAAGACAGCUACAGUGUAAUAUAUAAUACUUUUUUUUUCUUUUUUUUUUUUUUUUUGGAGCUGGGGACCGAACCCAGGGCCUUGCACUUGCUAGGCAAGUGCUCUACCACUGAGCUAAACCCCCAACCUCUAUAUAAUACUUUUUUAAAAAAGGCAAAUUACUGCUCAUAAGCAGCACUUGGUAGUGGAUUUCAAAUUGGAUCCUACUAACAUGCUGAACUCUUCACUCUGAAAGAAGGCAGAGGGUAGAUGACAGUACACAGGGCCUCUUUUCAAUCUCUAGUUCUUCAUCCACAAAAGAAGGUAUAGGGCCUAUUUCAAACUAGUGAGGAAAACUAGUGUAGGUGAGGAGAGGCCGGAGAGCAAAUGACGGGGAGCACAGGGUCCUGGUAUGCAGUAAUCGCCUUGGAAGUCAGAAGGCCUGACUUCUUUAAAAAAUAUUCUCAUCGGGUGUGGUGGUGCACGUGCCUUUAAUAGCAGUCCAGAGGCAAAUCCAGGUGGAUCUCUUGAGUCUUGAGUCCGGUCUAGUCUAUAUCACAAGUUCCAGGCCGGCCAAAGCUACAAAGUAAGACCAUGUCUCAAAACACAAAAUUAAACAAAUAAAGAUAUUGACACCGAUGGUGCGUGCCUUUAAUCUCAGAGGAGGCAGAGACAGGUUGAUUUUUUUUUUUUUUUUUCAGAUUGAUCUCUUAGUUCGAAGCCAGCUUGAUCUACGUAGUGAGUUCCAAGCCAGGUGGAGCUAUAUACACACGAGGCUAUCUCAAAAAACAAAAUAAGAAAUCAAAACCAGCCAAGCAAAUACCCAUAUCAUAAUACUAUAAAAAUAUUAAGGGUCCUAGUCAUUAAUAUUCACUAGUUUACCACUUCAAGAGACUUUGGUAUCUGGGCUUGUUGAAGAACCGAAAAUGGCUCUUAUGACAUCAGGCUCAGUAGCUUUGACUAAAUGUUGGCCACUUCCUAGCCUGGUGACUUCUGCCAGUUAACUUCGUGAAGCCCGGGGUUCCUUAUUUAUAAAAUCUUCUUAGCACCUAUCUCAUUUGGUUGUGAAGAUCACACAAGAUAAUUCUGGUGCAGUGCUUGGCAUGAAACUGUCCUAAUCCCACUAGCUAUAAAAUUGCAACCGGUUCCCAAAAUCCAGUGUUCAUAAACUUCUGGCCUGAGAGCAUGCUCAGAACUGCGUUUCCAGCGUACACACCCUCCGCCCCGGGGCCAGUUUCUCCUGACCGGCUUGUCCUUAAACUUAGCGUUCAUCAAAUGCCACAGGUCAGGCUCUGUGACGAGAUACUUGCGUAAAAUUGCACAUUAAACUUCCUAACGCCUCCACAGUGGCUGAUGUAGCGCGAGGAAACAGGCCCGGAGGGUUCCAGCAACUUCCCCAGGUCCCCGAGCCUGGGUUCCAGGCCCAUGUUGGAGUCUACCAGCGUCCAUUCAAAUGCUGUCCAGUCCCUCGACUCUGCCCGUCCAUCGCCAUCGCCCUCUGCACCUCAGGAUACUAGGUUUUCGCCGCAUCUUGGAAUUCAUCGACACCUAAGAUGCCACCUGCGAUUGGCGGGCCAGUGGGGUACACCCCCCCAGAUGGAGGCUGGGGCUGGGCGGUGGUAGUUGGAGCCUUCAUUUCUAUUGGCUUCUCCUAUGCAUUUCCCAAAUCCAUCACUGUCUUCUUUAAAGAGAUUGAAAUUAUAUUCAGUGCAACGACCAGUGAAGUGUCAUGGAUAUCGUCCAUCAUGCUGGCUGUCAUGUAUGCCGGAGGUCCUAUCAGCAGUAUCUUGGUGAAUAAAUAUGGCAGCCGUCCAGUAAUGAUUGCUGGUGGCUGCCUGUCUGGCUGUGGCUUGAUUGCAGCUUCUUUCUGUAACACGGUGCAGGAACUUUACUUCUGCAUUGGUGUCAUUGGAGGUCUUGGGCUUGCUUUCAACUUGAACCCAGCUCUGACUAUGAUUGGCAAGUAUUUCUACAAGAAGCGACCAUUGGCCAAUGGCCUGGCUAUGGCAGGCAGCCCAGUGUUCCUCUCUACCCUGGCUCCACUUAAUCAGGCUUUCUUUGGUAUUUUUGGCUGGAGAGGAAGCUUCCUAAUUCUUGGGGGCCUCCUCCUCAACUGUUGUGUAGCUGGAUCCCUGAUGCGACCAAUAGGGCCUCAGCAAGGCAAGGUGGAAAAACUCAAGUCCAAAGAGUCUCUCCAGGAAGCUGGGAAGUCUGAUGCAAAUACAGAUCUCAUUGGAGGAAGUCCCAAAGGAGAAAAGCUGUCAGUCUUCCAAACAGUUAAUAAAUUCCUGGACUUGUCCCUGUUUACCCAUAGAGGCUUUUUGCUGUACCUGUCUGGAAAUGUGGUCAUGUUCUUUGGGCUCUUUACCCCUUUGGUCUUUCUUAGUAAUUAUGGUAAGAGUAAGCAUUUUUCCAGUGAGAAGUCAGCCUUCCUCCUUUCCAUUUUGGCUUUUGUUGAUAUGGUGGCCAGACCGUCCAUGGGUCUUGCAGCCAACACCAGGUGGAUCAGACCUCGAGUCCAGUACUUUUUUGCUGCUUCUGUUGUUGCGAAUGGAGUGUGCCAUUUGCUGGCACCUUUGUCUACGACCUAUGUUGGGUUCUGCAUCUACGCGGGAGUCUUUGGAUUUGCCUUUGGUUGGCUCAGCUCCGUAUUGUUUGAGACGUUGAUGGACCUCGUUGGACCCCAGAGGUUCUCCAGUGCUGUGGGCUUGGUGACCAUUGUGGAAUGUUGUCCUGUCCUCCUGGGACCACCACUUUUAGGCCGCCUCAAUGACAUGUAUGGAGACUACAAAUACACAUACUGGGCUUGUGGCGUGAUCCUCAUCAUCGCAGGCCUCUACCUCUUCAUUGGUAUGGGCAUCAAUUAUCGACUUGUGGCCAAAGAACAGAAAGCGGAGGAAAAGAAGAGGGACGGUAAAGAGGACGAGACCAGCACUGAUGUUGAUGAGAAGCCCAAGAAGACAAUGAAAGAAACACAGUCGCCAGCGCCACUGCAGAACAGCUCUGGAGACCCCGCGGAGGAGGAGAGCCCAGUCUGACCUGUGGAGCAUGAAGAGAGCAGGUGUGACCCGAGACAUCCGAAACCAUUCUGCUGGCCUCUAGUCUACCAGUGGUGCUCCGUGCAGACAGUGGACAUUUGUGUGGAAAACCCACCAGGUGUUCAUUGGUGGGAUUUUUUUUUUUCACUCCUUACCAAUGCCUGGAUUUAAAAUAUACUCUGCUUUAGGUAGGGAGUGGUUGACAAAGAAUAUGGGGAAGAAGCAGUGAUCUGUUUGUUUGUUUGUUUGUUUGUUUGUUUGUUUGUUUUAAUCUUAGCUUUUAACAGUGUCAUGAAGAUUAUAAUAUGUGCCUUAAGUUUUAGUUUUUAGAACUCUUUAGAGAGCCUUAACUUUUAAAACCAUUCUGCUGAAUUCAUCUGUUUAAAACGUCAUUUUAAGAGGAAAAAUAACAACUAGCUUGCUUGAGGUAACUAACCUUAAUCUUGUUUUGUUGUUGUUGUAAUGCUUUGUCAGACAGACAUUGUUACCGGAACAUUUAUGAAUAGAAAUACUGCUUAAAGGUCACAGGUUUAUAAAAUACUGACUAAAGUAUUUUUCUAGCAUUAUAGUUGCCUGGUACAUCUGCUGCUAGGUAUAUAUUUGAGAAAUUUGAAGCAUAAAAUUCUGGAUCUUGGCAGUUCCAGCCACAGCCUGUCACCUGCUGGGCACCUCUUCUGGAAUGCUCACUACAGUCUAGUGCUAAGGUGUUGCCACUGAAUUGAUACCUUUGCUCCUAUUCAGAGACACUGUGUGGUUAGAAGUAAUUGGCCAUUUUUGAAAUCAAAUGCAAAAAGUUAGUAUUAAAAUCUACAAAACAAUUCCUUAACACGUCUGAUUUAAUGUAAACAGUAUUUCAAGCAUCAGCUGAAUUCAGCGUAGGUUGUCCCAAAACCUUAGUUAUGGUGUGAUACUCUGGGUAUGUGUGGGUUUGAGGGGCUGUGAGUGAGGUCUUGGUUCUUAGGAUUGACCCAGGGCCAUGAGCAUGCGAAGUACAUGCUGUACGGCCGAGCCACAACCCACAGGCACCCUGGAGUCCUCCUAGUCCCUGAGACCUUUUCUCUGAUUUUUGAUAGCUCAUUUAUUUACUGAUAGUUUAGAGCUGUAUGUGAGAUAUCCAGUACAGGGUGAAUGUAUGCGCUCUUUGUUUUUUACAUUGUUUUCAGUAUUUGCAAAACCGAGAGGGUCAGUGUUUGGCCUCAGGGAAGCCAAUAAAGAUAAAAUAGGGUGGAAGUUUGCAGACUUUCAGUAAGUACCCACCUCCCGCCACACACACCAGACUUACAGGGGAACUUCUAUCAUGCUUACGAUUAUUUGACGCAGUCUUACCUCCACAUCUUAACUUUCACGACCCUUUCACUUACCUGACAUGUAGAAAAAUGGGUUUAAUAUAUGGAUAGGAGGAAAGAUGGACCAGAUUGGAAUUACAGUGGGUUUUUUUUUUUUAAACCUGAUGUUUUCUGAAUAGAGGCAGAAAAAAUAAGACAUAUGACACUGAAUUGGAUCGAUGCAUUUAAAAUACCAUUGUAAUUGACAGGGUGAAUACAGAUUUACAACCUUGUGUAAGAAGCUGACUUUUUCCAAAUAAAACAUUUAUUUUAUUUUUAGAAAA